CGCGACCUUGGAUUCGAACCGAGUAUCGGCCGCGAAUGACUCGCGUUUAGUGCAGUGAAGUCAUUCGGCUGAUUCAGUCGGUUCACGUGAGUUAUGUUGAAAUCUUUAGUUAGUUUGACAACAGCCACCGUUAACAGAAACUCGUCCAGGAUGGUUAGUGUGCACAGCGCCUAUAAAGAUGAGGUUCAUAACGUACCGAUGUCAGUCAUCAUCAGACCCUUCGUGCCUGAGCUGGAUGAGAAGAAAGUUGAGUCGCUGAUGGAAACUAUAAGAAAAGAAGAAGAGACUGGAACAGUGCCUCCCAUAGACAUACUAUGGAUCAAAGGUUCGCAGGGCGGCGACUAUUACUACAGCUUCGGGGGCUGCCAUCGAUAUGCCGCGUACAAGCGGCUCAACAGAGACACCAUACCGGCCAAACUCAUUAAAUCUACGCUCACUGAUCUCAAAACAUACUUGGGCAGUAGUACGCCCGACUUGAAGUAGACUUUAGGUUAUUAAACGUGUUCUUUGCACACAAUGCCAGUGAUGAGCACAACUGUGGUGGAUAUUUGCAUCCGCCCGGAUAGCGACCACCGCACACAAGGUGUAAAACUCGACAUAGCAGCCCGUGUGGCGCGCCUCCGGUUGAGUGUGUAUAUCUGCUAUUAGACAGGUCGGCAUAAUUACGUUGACCCGCGAGGAAUACCCAUCUCUCGUAAGGCGAGACUAUCUAAACUACUUCACUUACAAUCAGAUGGAGUGGGGUCACUUUAUCGUACAUGGACAGCUGAUUCUGCAUGCAUGCUCAAUAUAUAUUUUUUUAAUCAAUGCUGUAGAUAACGCGUAUACCCUGCAUUACUUUUUACUGGUGUCGUGUGCGCAAUCUACCUAAUAUACCUAAUUUAUAAUUGAUAGAAUAUGGCAAGUGUUACUCAAGGUUGAGGGCGAAAAGACGUCUUUUUUUACAUGAUGUUAUUUUGUAAUAUUAAGUAUAAGCUUAGUUAUAAAUUAUUCUUUUUAUAAAAAAUGUUAAUAUAUUUUUUAAAAACAAAAGAUGAAGAUAUAUUCUAGUCUGCAA